CAGUAUGUACAGGGAUGCUGAGUCAGAGAGAGAGAGAGAGAGAGAAGUCUGCGUUCACCAAAAAUGCACCAUUUUUCCUACAGUUUGGUAAUUGAACUAGGGCUUUGCGCUGCGGCCCACGAUUCGACCCCAAAACCCCUCAUACAUCAGCAACAAGAACUGCUUAGCAGGCAACACUUCUGGGAAACUGAGCAAGAGCAGACCGUUGUUACUAAGCAGCAGCGGUGAUGUCUUACUCAUUCAGAAUGUCAUUGUGUGAUUUCUAGCACCUUUGGCUACAAUUGCUUACACGGUACACAGGGUUUCCCAUACCUGUGAGGUGAAGUAAGGAAACUGAUGCAACUACAGCCAACGUCAGUUGUCAACCAAAUAUUUCCUCCGUGGAGUUUACGAUAAAAGAUUUUUAGCCGUGUUCUCAUGCAUGACAUUGAAAUGCCUUGGGAAAAGCUUUGCUUGCAGAAUAAGUUUCAAAUUUACUACAAUGUUUCAAUGACUCGACACAAUUUAAAUGGAAUCAUUGAUAUAUGGUUAUUAUACCAGCCUCACUUAAUUCAAUAGAUUUAUUAUAUAGAGUUGCUUUUUUUAAUACUUAAUACAAUUUUGUAACUUAAACUUAAUGUAAAUAAAUACAAAUAAAUCUAAACCAUAUAACAUUUGGAAAUCCUCAACAUUUUUGAGGUAUGAACAUUAAAAGAAACUAAAAUAACAUGAUAAGACUUUAUUUUAGGGUCUUUUAACUAGUUGCUUAUUAGCAUCCAUAUUAAUAAAAUAUUGGCUAUUUAUUAAUACUUAUUAAGCACAUAUUAAUGCCUUAAUUUGCAUGACCUUAUUCUACAUCCUUAAUCCUACCCAGCUAAUAAACUUAACCUUACUAAUAAAAAUGAGCAGUAAAUUAGGAGUUAUUGUUUUCCCUAUACUAAAAUGUUAUCCUUUGGGGUAACAUCUCAACAAAUUUAAUUAGAGUAUUAGUAGACUGAGAAGUGGGUAUAUGAGGGUGAGGCCAAGCAACUGACGGAAAAGGCAGAUUAUUCCAGGAAGGCUUAACGGCUGAUGACAUGCAGCAAAGUGAGGGGUUAAGGUGAUGCCUUUCUGCCUCGCUUGGUUUCAACCACAUUGUUCACCUCACUGUCAUAGCCAUCACCACUCUCAUGCAGACCCCUGAGAAUGCAGGCUGCAAGAUCGAAAGAGCACACACACACUCAUAUGCGUUGAGAGCGUUUCAUGUGGCAGCUCCUGUUCUUUAGUGGUACGUAAGAUUGGGUUUACUGAAACUCAUUUUCUGCUGUAUCACUGUUUACAAACACUUGAGCAAACCUCCAGAUGUUCUAGAUGCAGUUAAAUGUUUUGCAUAUGAUGAUUGAAAAUAAAUUGUUCAGGGUUCGGCACAUUUCAGUUCAGUUCAACUUAAUUACUACAUAGCCCCUUAUUGUAGUGUAAAUGGUAAUGGGAAAACUAUGCUCGCAAAACAUUUGCAUUCCCAAAAGAAACAUUGCAUUCUCUCCAGUUUUGUGUUCUCCUGAGAAUACUUUAUGUUUGCUUCCAGAGAAACAGGAAUGUUUGUGUUCAUUUGCAAACAUUUUGUGUUCGCUUUAAAAAACAUUGAAAUAUAGUUUUCCCUUACAUUUUAUAGUAUUUCUGUCUUUUGAAUAAGAGUUUUGAAAGUAAACACUAAGUUUUUCAGAAGCAAUGUUGGAGAAAGUUACUUUUAAAAGUAAUGUAUUACAAUAUUGCAUUACUCACUAAAAAAAGUAACUAAUUGCGUUACUUGGUUACUUUUUAUGGAAAGAAAUGCUUUAUGUUUCUUUUGUGUUUUGCGUUGGGCUUGCUGGUUUGUUUUUAAUAAUAAUAAAAAAUUUAUAUUUUGGCAAACGUAAAGGCCUUUUCACACCAAUGGCCAGAGUUACCAACAGCUUGUGCCAGCGCAAACCCUCUUUUGGCAUUAAAAAUCUACUGUCAGGAUUUACUAAAGACACGCAGUGCAAAAUUAGCACUGACCUUAUUGUCACAAUAUGCAUUUGUAGGAGUUUUCCUUCAGAUGCAAAAUUUAUGGGAGGAGAGUAUUUAAAUGAAUCGUGCAACACGAUUUACUAAUGUUUGCGCUAGUCAACUUACUGGUAUUUGCGCCAUUAUUUAACGCCCAAAAAAAGCAUGUCUUAACUUAUUUUGUGACAUGGCUGCAAUUGUUGCUGCUAGGAGGAGACACCGCAGAGAACAGAGAGCGUGUGGUAGAAGGGAGCAAAUAUUUUCCACUCUUAUUAAUUUCUUUGGAAUGCCAGAGGAAGAUGUUAUUCAUAUAUUACAUGUAAUAAGUUGCACCUGUGUCGACCCACACCUGAUGAGCAUCAGCUCUGCUUAUUUGCUACCCAAUGCUAAUUUGCGCUGCUCUUGGUAGAUUGCGUUGGUCAUUAUGUAAAUGAUUUGACUGCGGCUGCAUUCUGUGUUGCGCGUCAACAGUAGAUCACGUGCAAAACAUGCCAUUCCCAUCGGCGCAUUUGUGGAAUUGCGCGCUCACGCUAAUUUGCCCCGUUUAGUAAAUCUAGCCCCAGUUGAAUAAGCCUAAAGCUGAAGGAAAUGCAGCAGCAGCAAAGACAUUGGUUAAUAAAGUGAGAUUAAAUACAUAAAGUAUAUUUUUGUAAUUUAACAUGUAAUUAUCACAGGUUUGCAUAACAUUCUGCAGUAUACUACAAUAACCAUCAUGUUCACACAGCGUACACACUUAUUCCCGAUUUCUCUCAUCAUGGGGACAAGAGAGCUGUGAGUCAAUAAAUGGGAAAACAAAGUAACUAGCCUUACUUAUUUGAAAAAGUAACUGAUAUUUUGUUGUAAAUUUAAAAGUAAUGUGUUACUUUACUAGUAACUUGAAAAAAGUAACCUGAUAACAUAUCUCGCAUUAUCACCAACACUGCUCGGGAGAAUGCAAAACGUUUGCGAUCGAACAGAAAAGCAUUGAAAUAUAAUUUCAUAUUUUUACAAUACCAUGUCCCCUUUGGGACUCCGUAUAUGUCUUCUUUUUUUUUUCUCACUGUUUUUAAUAUGUAAUAAAAUGUCACAGUCAAAAGUAACGCAUUUAAAGACUUCCUGCUAAAUGGGUUUCUAUUCUCAGUCUACCUUUGAACAUUAAAGGAUGGCAGACAGGAUGCUGGUGGUCUUUAAAAAGAUAUGUGGCCCUUCUGAGGAACUCUUUCUAGGUCACAGACAAUCCUUUGCCACAUAUGCAGAUCAUAUGCCACACUGACCUAUGGAAGAGCCUGAGACCGACAAUGGUUUUGAUUUGUUUUAGUGCACUGAUGGACUGAAAGAUAGAUGCAUGAUUGAAUGAAAAAAAGACAUCAAAAGUUGAAUUUUUUCAUCAAAGUUUUGGCUUUUUUUAAUAUAAUCAAACCAAACUUUUGCCCAGGAAAGGCAUAGUUCAACACUAUUUAUUGCACAUAGGUCUUUUCCAUUUAAUCAGUUAAUUUCCAAUUAAUCACUUAAUUUGAAUACUUCUGUGACCAGAUUGAGCCUGGAGUUGAACUUGGAUUCAUGAACAAAUUAGUUGAAAUUGUGAUCAAAUCAUUCAGUCUGCUUUGUUGUAAAGAUCCCACUCACUGACUGAUUCUGAUAUCAAUUAAUCAGACUAGUUUGUUCAUGAAUUGGAGUUCAAAUCAUUGAUUCAAAGAUCCAGUCACAAUGGUUGUGAAGAGAUUUAUCAGUGAAUAAUCAUGUCUGUCACACAAAGUUAUUAUAUGGCUUCAUAAGAUUUGAAAAACAGCACUUAAGUAAAUAGAUGAUUGUGCUUUUUUUCUCUUUUUUGACCAUAUGAGCUAAAGUUAUGUCAUUUAAUGGAAAAGACAGAGGAAAGAAAAAGACAUUUGAGUUUGGAAGGACAUAAGGCUGGACGUAAAUGUAUAUGACAGAAUUGUUAUUUCUGAAUAAACUGUAAAUCUUACAUUUAUUUUGGUAUGCAAAGGUUACUAAUAACUGUGUCAGAAGCUUGUUGCCUGCAAGUGCGCAGAAGACUGAAUAUGAAUAGUUUCCUGUCCAUGAUGUCACCAUCAUAACCCUUUCAGAUUUGACUUUAUGCGCAUUGGUUCACCACAAAUGUAUGCGAAUGCUGAUUACUGACUAAAAAAAUGAAUAAAAUAUCUAUCCUAUAUACAAGUGUGUGUGACAGAAUGAAGGAAUGGAUCAGAUAGUGAGUGAGAUAGACAGACUAUGUGUGUGUGUGUGUGUGUGGGUGGGAAGUCUAAACCGCACUGCAGGACCUUUUUAAAACUGAUGUUCAGCAACAACUUUUUCAAGACAUACUCUCUUGUUGCUCACACCUUCACACACUCUUCUGAGCUCUGCAAGCAUGAGCAGUAACUUUGGCCACCCGUCGCAACCGGUGUUCAUGGUGGAUUCUGGCGGAGGUCAUCCUAAACAGCAUCGGUACUACCAGCAACAGAUGCCCAGACAUACACAGCAUGUGCCCAGACAUACAGAGCCACCCCUGGUACCCUGUUGGACGUUCCCCCCUGCCCGAGAGGAGAUGAAGAAAAGGAGCUGGGGAAGGUUGAAUGGUGGGAUGGCCUGGGUACUGACUUUGAUACUCCUGCUGGUUUUUGCAGCCCUGGCACUAGGAGCCUAUCAGAUCCUGAGAUUACAGACUGAAGUCGAGCGCCUAACACAGGAAAGGCCCGCACAAAUGCAGAGCGUUGCUCCACAGAAACAAGUUGGCCUAAAUCCUGCUGAGCUGAACAACAACAAACGAAAAUCUGCUGCACACUUAAUAGGCCGUGCAAACCAGAGCCCAUCAUCUGGAACUCUGCUGUGGGAAACAAAACAUGGCGACGUCUUCAUAGAAGGCUUCAAGUACAGCAAUGGCGGCCUCCAGGUCAACGAGAGUGGUUUGUACUUCGUUUACUCCCGAGUGGAGUUUCUUUCACCCACGUGCAAAUCCGCAGACUAUCACGCUCACAAAAUGAUUCGGCAGAGAGGCAGCCGUACCCAAGUAAUCAUGGAAGAUCACCAAGAGGGUCUCUGUACGCCGGGGACAAACGACCCGUGGAUGAUGGGAAGCCAUCUAGGCUCCCUUCAGCAUCUCAAGGAGUCUGACUUGCUGUUUGUCAAUGUCUCACACCGCCAUCUGCUCAGCAGCAAUUAUCACCACAAUUAUUUUGGCCUCUUCAAGAUCCACUGAUCAUAGAGGACAACUAGGCGAUGCUUAGGAAGGGCAUGGUUGUGAGUUCAGAUAAGGAGAUCAGCAGUCUUUGGACUAUAAUCAACCCUGAGAUCCUUACCGCUUCAUGCCUUCAUUGCAAUGCAUCAAUCAUAUAUGAUUUUGAAUGUAUCGGUUGCCUGUUCUUUUCUUUUAGAAAGUCGUGCAGAAGAAUUUCAGAUUGAAUGAACACUAAUAUGCUUCUGUAUCAGGAGAAGGUAAAUUAAAUAAAAAUAUUUAUGGUCCUUAAAGUCUGAUUGUAUAUUAAUGUGAUCAAUGGUCAUAUUGACUGAAUAAUAAAUCAAUAAUGCCUCAUAAAUGUGGUCAAUAAAACGUUAAAUUGUAAAAAAAAAAAAAAAAAAAAAAACUGUUGAUUUCACACUGAAUGUGAAUUGAGGGAAAAUGUCUCACUCUUUGAGAAAAAAAAUUGUAUUUUGUGGUGAGCUGUUUCCAUGCCCACUAAUAUUUGCAUGUUAUAGUGGGAUGGUUGUCAUUGUGAAAUGAUGCUGAUUUUUGGUUAAAAGUUUCCAGAGCUAUUUAUUUUGAACAUCUAAAUAAUGUUCCUUUGUUUUCUGUGUUAUGUAUUUCAUUAAACAUAUGGACAACUUAA